AUGAGAGGAAGAGGAUUUUCAAUCCCUACCAAUUUCAUCGGAAAUCAUGCUCCCAAAAGCUCUUCUGCCUUCUUCACCCCAUUCUCCACUUCCUCCGGCGGAGAACGUGGCGCGGUCGUGGUCGGAUCUUCACUCCCGGCCAAUUCGCAUUCACCGACGAGACACGCAACGCAGAAGAGGAGAAGAAGUCUCAGCCGGCACCUGGGAGGACUAGGUUACUGCCGCGGCAAGCCUCUCGCAUCCGGACCGGUUUUCCCGGAGUUCUCUUCCUUCAUCUCUUCCCUAAAACAGACGGCUGUCGGACGCGGGAGCGGGAUGGGCGUCGCUGCGGAGGGACCGCGAUUGGAAAAGCCUGCACCUGGGGCGCCAGGGAGAGGCUCUGUUCCUCCGGCGAAGUAG